AUGGCGAGGAAAUGGUUGUUGAACUGUGCAAGAAAACAUGAUUGUCGCCCUUCUCCACGCGCCUCAUUCAUGCCGACACGUCUGCUUAGACUAUCUAUGAAUGGAGAUGAUGUCGAGGUCAAGGUUGUUGAGAACCUUGCGACCAAGGAGUCUUAUGCAGCCCUGUCUUACUGCUGGGGAGGGCCUCAACGAAUAACGACGACGCAGGCCAACGACAUACAACAUCUCACCGACAUCGACCUCCUUGCCCUGCCACAAACUAUACAAGAUGCCGUCAAGGUCUCGCUUGCCAUUGGAAUAUCGCUGCUUUGGGUGGACGCUCUGUGCAUAAUCCAGGACUGUCCAAACGACCGAACCCUUGAGAUUGCGUCCAUGGCAGCCAUAUACAGCCAUGCUGCAAUCACCAUUACCGCAUCACGAAGCACCCACGCCGAUGAAGGUUUCCUACACCCUCGCUCCCCGCCAAGUAAUUGUGAGCCUGACCAGCUCUUCCGAAUCAAGUUGCGCGCCUCUAACAAGUCUGUCGGUGCCGUCACCCUUAUUCCAAUGCACCACUUCGUCGACGACGAAGACGUCGAUGUCUUGGACAACGAGCCACUCGACCAUCGUGCGUGGGCGUAUCAAGAGCGCCACCUCUCACACCGCAUUCUCGAUUUUGGCUCGUACCGUACACAGUUCGUCUGCAGACACGGCGUCCAACACGACCACCUACCAUCCGACGGCUGGGCUCCUGAGCCAAACACCGUUGACUACAGAAAGACUAGACCUCUCCAGGCGCCCGCGCAAUGGGAUGCCCACAUCUCAAACUAUACAUCCCGCAACAUGACGAUAUACACCGACCGUCCCCUCGCCCUUUCCGCCCUCGCUGCCUCCCUAUCCCAACCCACUCUGGGUACUUACAUUGCUGGCCUAUGGACAGCCACACUCCCGACAUCCCUCCUGUGGACGACGUCCCAUCCGCGCCCACGGCCGAUGAACUACCAAGGCCCCUCCUUCUCCUGGCACUCCAUCAACAGCACCGUCGUUCCACGCAGCACACCGCCCUCCUUCACCCCGGACCCGUCCCUCCGCAUCCUCACCCACAGGUCCGCCCUCGCACAUCCCUCUGCCCCCUUCGGCGCCGUCACAUCCGCCGCCCUCACCCUGCGCGCCCGCCUCAUCCCCGUCAAAUACACCCGCGACCCCUCC